AAAUGGGCUUAUAAGCCUGAUUUUUGGAAAAAAUGCCAAACACCCAUAGAUUUGGCUUCUUUGACUGAUAAUUAUUAUCAGUAGAAAAAACAAGUAUAUGGCUACUUUUUGAGCUGAAAAGCAUUAUUUUACGGUUGGCUAAUUAGAAGACCAUCUUAUCCCUCUGUUAAAUAUACAUCGGCAAUUGCUCCCAGUUUUUCUACAGGUAAGCUCUUUCUCUUCUUCUUCGUUCUUUCCAAACCCAUGUUGCUCCCAGUUGUUCCCAUCAUAUAUGAUAAUGAUUACUAGAGGUUUUGUUCCUCCCCAGUUGUUCAUACAUCGAUUUAGUGAGAAGGGCUAUUGAAUAUGUUUUCAAAUUUAUGCUAAAUAUCUUGUUUAAUACUCCGUAUUACGUAUUGCUCCUGUGUAAUGUCUCCCUUAACAUAUUGCUUUUAGAGUCCAACAUAUUGCUUUUGUUUCUCUGGAACAAUCUGUGGCUUCGGCAACAGUAUAGAGUGAUCCCCUUUAGAAUUGAAAUAAAUUGGUACCCUUUAUUGUAAUUUCAGGCGGAAUCAGCCAUUUCAGCCACGAUAUUACCAAACACUUUUACUUCAACAAUUUCAGUCAUUUCAGCUCUUUCAGCCAUUUCAGCAGUUGCAGCCAUUACCAAACAGGCCCUACAUAUUAUUAGCCGAUCCGUUUCACCAUCUCUUCACUGUUCCGCCGGGUAAUGAAGGAGAAAUACACAUACUUCGAUGAAGUGCUUCGCCGGUUCCAAAGACGCUCUGUUCCGCCGCUCGGUUCCGCUCACUAUUCUGCCGGCGUGUUGGGGCAUGCGUGAGAAAAGCGGGUUAAAAGGAUACUACAAAGAGAUUCACAGAUGCAGGAAUUGCGACUGUCUUCUGUUCGUGAUUCUUCUGGCUUUGGAUAAUUUUCAAUAUUAAAAAGCGGUCAUUGUCUCUCUAGUUAGGAUUUUAGUUCUUCCGCUGAUCUGAUGGACUGGGCGGCUUUUCGAUUCGGGGUUUUCUUCAGCGACGAGUUUUUUUGUGCGAACAAGAAACAGAGACAACAAUAGUGAAAGGAUGACAUCAUCGAGUAAAGGUCAUGGGCGAAACUUGGGAUUAAAAGCUGGAACAGAUCUGGAUUCAAAGUUAUCUGUGAUUGUUGGCGAAAGUUGAGGCUUGACAGAGAACGUGAUGAAAAAGAGGCAGAGUGAGGAAGAAGUUACAGUACAGCCGGCUCAUCCUCCUCCUGAACUGCCACCGGUGUAUCAGAAACAGAUAGGAGGUUCCGGAAAGUGGUUGGAAGUGAUAGUGCUCUGGAAGAAGGAGAAAGAGUUUUAUUUUAUUGUCUUUUUGCUUUAUAAUUUCUUUGAUCAUACAAUUUGCUUUUUCUUUUGGUAUGUUUUUUGUUGUAAGACUGUGAAUUUGGAUGUGGGUGAUGGAAGGAUUGCGGUAAUCGUCUUUGGCUCAGUUGCGCCCAUUAAUGGAUCAGCGAGUUAUAUUGCUUCUGUCGAGCUGGUAAACUCUGAGUUUGAUUCGAGGGUCG